AUGAUAAGUUUAAUAAUAAAAAAUAAAGACGAAGUUUCACGAAUAAAUAAAAUGUUAGCAGAUGAAUUGGGAACAGCUUCGAAUAUAAAAAGCAGAGUUAAUAGACUUAGUGUUUUGUCAGCAAUAACAUCAACGCAACAAAAAUUAAAGUUAUAUAAUAAAACUCCUCCAAAAGGAUUAGUGGUAUACUGUGGUACUGUAAUAACUGAAGAUGGAAAAGAAAAAAAAAUGUCUAUUGAUUUUGAACCUUUUAGGCCAAUCAAUACAAGUUUAUAUUUAUGCGAUAAUAAAUUUCAUGUAGAAGCAUUGAAAGAAUUAUUAGAGAGUGAUGAUAAAUUUGGAUUUAUAAUAGUAGAUGGUAAUGGUGCUUUAUUUGGUACAAUUCAGGGGAAUACAAGGGAAGUAAUUAGACGAUUUACAGUGGAUUUGCCAAAAAAACAUGGAAGAGGUGGUCAAAGUGCUUUACGUUUCGCCCGUUUAAGAUUAGAAAAAAGACAUAAUUAUGUUAGAAAGGUAGCUGAAGUAGCCACUUCUGUUUUUAUAACAAACGACAAAAUUAAUGUUACAGGAAUUGUAUUAGCAGGAAGUGCUGACUUCAAAAAUGAUUUAUUAAAUAGUGAUAUGUUUGAUCCUCGUUUAUCUUCAAAAGUUAUUAAAAUUGUUGAUAUUUCAUAUGGUGGAGAUAAUGGUUUCAACCAAGCAAUUGAAUUAAGUGCAGAAGCAUUGCAAAAUGUUAAGUUUAUUCAAGAGAAAAAAUUAAUAGGAAAGUUUUUUGAAGAAAUAGCUCAAGAUACUGGUAAGGUUGUAUACGGAAUAGAUGACACCUUAAAAGCUUUAGAGAUUGGAGCUGUAGAAUUAUUAAUUGUAUAUGAAGGUUUAGAUAUUAUUAGAUUAACUACUAGAAAUAAUAUUACCAAUCAGACGAAAACUAUGCAUAUUUCUCCUAAUGAUGAAAAACAAGAAUCUUUAUAUAAAGAAAACAAUGUAGAAUUGGAAGUUGUUGAAAAAAUUUCUUUAACAGAUUGGGUUAUAAAUAACUAUAAGAAGUUUGGUGCAUCUUUAGAUUUUGUUACAAAUAAAUCACAAGAAGGUGCACAAUUUCAGAAAGGAUUUGGUGGAUUUGGUGGUUUACUUAGAUAUAAAUUAGACUUUAAUAUUUAUGAUGAAGAUGUAGAAAGUGAUGCAGAAUUGUUUUAA